GUUGUCUUGGACCUCUGUGUGGUGGCAAGUAGCAAGACCGCAUAUGCGAAACUGUGUCGGCCCAGGACUGCUGCUGGCAGUGGCACUAAGUAUUAUCCUGCCACGGCUGCUCAGUACCGGUGUGCAGUUGCGUCCGGUGUCCCUGAAUUGGAGGCUCAAAUGCCUCCGCACGUCGUUACAAUGACGGAGUCCAAAGUCCGUGAAUCAGACUUGCUACCCUUAGAGCUGUGGGACAUAGUCCUCAGUCACGUCGGCUGCGAAACGCGUACACUGUUGGACUGCUCUCUGGUCUGUCGAACUUGGCUGCCAAUGGCGCGCAAAUACCGUUUCAUGGCGGUGAACCUCUUUUCGAAAAUCAGCCCCGAAAUGCCGCCGCCCAACUCCCCCUUGCUCCUCUGCGACCCGUCGUCGACUAUCCUUCCAUACGUUCGCUGCAUCCGCUUGGUCGAGGGCUUGGUGCCGAAGAGCUUGGUCGAUCGCCUCACAACCAACUCUCCUGCCGACAUGGGAAAGUUCGGGGGUCUGGCUUGGCUCGAUGACAUACUCCCUACCAUCCGCGUCGACGAUCUAACGGCACUCCGCUACUUGGACCUGCUCGAAAUCCGAUGGGAUGAACUCACCGCGGCGUCGCGCACUAGUCUCAAGCGCCUCUGUCGGAAUGUCACGAUGCUACAACACUUUUCGAGCUCCACCAUCCAGGCAGGCGGCAGUGUACUCGCCGUGGAACUCCUCCUCGCCUCGCCGUCGCUGCGCGUGUUCACUUUCGAGUCAUCCGAGAACUCGGAUGGUUUGAAUUUGGCGCCUCCGCAGCGACCCCUCAAUGUCGCCCUGUACUCCAACAUGCCUAAAGUGACGCCUCCUCUCACUCGCCUCUCGGUCAAGGGUCACUUGGGCGAAGUCCUCGCAGGUCUACAGUUGGUCUGUCCGAAGAUGCCAUUAGAAGACCUUACCCUCGCCAAGAUAACGCAGGAGGACGAAGGCCUGGCGAUCUCCUUCGCCCAGUCAUGUGCAGAUACAUUGACGAACUUAUCGCUGGAAUACGAGAAGAUGGAUGCCCCCGUGUACGAGCCCGCGAUCUGCUUUAACGACGGUAUCUCCGGUCUGACCUCCCUACGGGCAUUCACGCUCAAGGUGCACCUGCAACACAUCCCCUCCAUUCUGCGUCACAUCCAGUCGCGCGACCUCAAGCACCUCACGCUGGAGACCUCGGCGCGGACGCUCUCCGCGAGCGACCUGGACGACCUCGCGCACGUCCUCACCACUGGGGUGCUUGCUACCGCGCGCCCGAAUGUCACGAUCAUCUGCUUUCCGCUGCGCGACAUCCGUUCUGAUGCUGCAGCUAUGGCCGACAUGUCCAACAAGCUCGCGACGAGCCUGAAGGACCUGGAGAAGGAGGGCAGACUUGAUAUACUGUGGCCUAUACCGAGGCCAAGGGUGUGAGCAUGAUCUGUGACUCGCCGAGUCGUGUGUAUUGGUGUUACAGUGAGCAAGGCGAAGUAGAAAGGUGCACUGUUGGGAUGAGUUGACUGACGGGAGUACAUAGAAGGGAUUUGGAAUAUUCGAAAUACUUCUUCGUCUGACAUGUUUGCGAUAUAUCAUGGGGUGAGAGUGAGGCUUGGGUGUCUUCCAGUCACCGUCGGGCGUCGUACACUGCAUUCAGCUCUCCUCACCGCCCUCACCGCCCACUGUCAUCGGGAUUGCAUCUCAAUGUUCC